AUGACGUCGCCUACAUCACAAGCAGCCGGGGGUAAGCGCAAGGCAAUCGAGCUACCUGUGAGGCUUCGAAAGCACACCCGGACUCGCAAGGGUCCCGAGAGCGAGACGCAACGAACCGCUCUCGAAUCAUUCGGGACCGUAACUGCUCAAGUCAUGCCCAUCAUCCAUCACAUCGCCAAGCAUGUUCACAUACCUGAUGCCGACGAUCCCAGCAUGCCUGAUUACGAGCUGACCCAGCUGGUCAUGAAGUUGGACUAUCACCUAUCGCUCUGUGAAGAGGCAGCGGAUCAUUUGCUUGCUGGGGACGAUUGGAGACUCGGCAAGGAAGAUAUGGAGUCGCGGUGCGAUGAGAUCUGGACCGCAGUCAACGACAGAAGGGUCCAAGACCUGAUCAGCACCGAAGGGGGCUUCAGCGAAGAGGGCAUGAAGAGUCGCCUAGUGCUACAUGGCGUGCUAUCGUCAACCAUCAAAGCACAACUUCCGGUUAAAUCUAAAGCCCCUGUCAAGACUCCACAAUGGAGCCUCGAGAACCUCCACUCUAUUCUGGAGCACAAUUAUCGGCCAGAUGGCGACAUACCGUGGCAGGUCGCCGCCUACCUCGAUUCUACCAUAUCUGAGGCAGGUCUGCUCGAUAAGAAUACUCAUUGGUUUGAUCUGGUCAACCAGCACUAUGAUCAGAAUUACUCACCAGACGACCUAAGGACCAUUGGCAUAUCGGGACGAGACGAGGAGGCCGCCGGUAAAUUAGCCCGCGCGCUCAUGAGAGAAGAAGGGGUGUCCAUCAGGGCCGAACGGGAAGCAAAAGCUGAGAGAAUGGGUACUAAACACACCACCUCUGAUACGGGCAAGUCGGCUGAAUUGGAUGAGGAGACAUCGGUUGGGCACAGCGCUGAUGAGGAUGGUGAUGAGCCUGAAGGAGGUGGAGACGAGGAUGAUGACGGAGAGAAGGACGAAGAAGGGGACACUGUCGAGGUCAUGAUGCUCCUCCUGACUGGCCAGAAGAUCCACCUUACGCCCUGUCCACUCCACUGA